ACUAAGGACUCUCGCCUUUGCCGAGGGCGAGACUGCGGAAAGAACCACUUCCUGUGAUCAGGCUACAUCACUUCCUCCCACGCUUGGCUUUCGGCUGGUGGGUACUCACGAGGGGUCAACAUGCGUAUAGAGAAGUGUUACUUCUGUUCGGGGCCCGUCUACCCCGGCCACGGCAUGAUGUUCGUCCGCAACGAUUGCAAGGUGUUCCGAUUUUGUAAAUCCAAAUGUCAUAAAAACUUUAAAAAGAAGCGCAAUCCUCGCAAGGUCAGGUGGACUAAAGCAUUUCGGAAAGCAGCGGGUAAAGAACUUACAGUGGAUAAUUCAUUUGAAUUUGAAAAGCGUAGAAAUGAACCUGUCAAAUACCAGCGGGAACUGUGGAAUAAAACUAUUGAUGCAAUGAAGAGAGUGGAAGAGAUUAAACAAAAACGCCAAGCUACAUAUAUAAUGAACAGGUUAAAGAAAAAUAAAGAAUUACAGAAAGCUCAGGAUAUCAAAGAAGUCAAGCAAAACAUUCAUCUUAUCCGGGCACCUGUUGCAGGCAAAGGAAAGCAGCUGGAAGAAAAAAUGGUACAGAAAUUGCAAGAGGAUGUGGAUAUGGAAGAUACUUCUUAA